AUGUCUCGUCGGAAACAGAAACGACCCCAGCAGCUCAUGAGACCGCUCCCUGCAGCCUCUCAGAUAUUAGAGCAUGGUGAGAAAUUGACUAUUAUUGAUAUGCAAGUUAACAACUGAAUACAUUAGCCAUUAGUUUUCUAUGUUUUUCAAAGUAGCUCAACGUGUUUUUCUAAUUAAUAGGCCAAGUGGUUAUGAUAUUUUUUGGAAAGCUAUUUUUCUGGGUAGUUAAUACCUUUAUUUCCUCUACAUAACAGUGAUUGUGUAGUGGCACAUCUAUAAAAACAACAACUUCAAGAGGCAGCAUAUUCUACCUGUCAUCUGGAAAGUUUUGGUGAUAGUUUGAUUGAAAACGUUGACUCCCAUCUCUGACAGUUCAAAAUCUAAAGUUAUGGUGAUGCUUUGAUGCUCCUCUUAUUAAUGUCAGCAAUAAUGUCAUAUUAUUGCAAUUAUUGUGUCUUAGGAGUCUGUUUUUCUUAUUUAGAUUCUUCGUUUUUUCCUUCUCACUGCCCUCACCAGCCCUCCUCCUAUUGCCAGGCUCAGAGGCACAGACCACCCAGUUAGUGGGAGGAUAAAGAAUAGAAAAGACAUGAGAAUGCAGAGGCAAUACAGUGUAGAUAAGAUAUUAUUUAUUUAUUUAACCCUUAUCAACUCUAUAAUUCCAAAUAUUCAUAUUGAGUUUUGGGAGACUGAGCAAUGAGAGGGAGAUGGUAGAGGACUGAUGACUGUGAGAGGUGAUGUAUAAGGUGUAACUGCAAUAGCAUGCGACCCCAUUGUCCAUCUGGGCUUUGUGGUUGAGCAGUAAGGCAUGAACAUACCCAAGAACUAGUGUGAAUCUCAAAAUGUGUGUGUGUGUGUGUGUGUGUGUGUGUGUGUCUGUCUGUAUCUAUAUGUGGUUGUGCGGCUGCGACCAGUCAAACAGGGCUAGUGGGGUCGAAUAGUGUAGUAAUAUUGUAGUGAUAGGGUGUAGUAACAUUGUAGUGAUUGGGUGUAGUAAUAUUGUGUUUGUACAUGUAGGUGUGUGUUUGUGUGUGUGUUUGUGUUUGUGGAUUCAAAUAAAGUAUUUAAAAUGUGUGUUUGUGUGUGUGUGUGUGUUAGUGAUGUGUGGUUGUUGAUGGUCUGUUUGUUUUCUUGUCUGCUAGCCUGUGUGUUUUCUUUUGCCUCCACCUCUUCCUCUCUGGCCCAGAAUUUAGUUGAUGGAAUGUGACCGCCAGAGUUCUUAAGGUCAAGUAUGCCAGCCAAUCACAGCCUGACCCCUGACACCCCAGAGGGUAAUGGGGGAAGGGUGCACCAAGAGAUGAAAGACAGAGAGAGAGAGAAGGAGAGAGAGUAGUGUGUGAUAGAGUGCAUGUGCAUGUCUAUAUACAGUAUGCAUGUAUUUUUCGGAGGUCAGGGUUGUAAGCGGUUUUAGGGUCCAUUGUCCUCUGUACUGUGUUGCCGUGGAAACAAGGUAGGCUGCUCAUGGUGUAAGUUGGGGGGGGGGGGGGGUGCAGACGAAGAUGGAGAAGAUAAAGAAUGAAGAAUUAAGUGAAGAGGAAAGAGAGGGGGUUUGGAGGAUGAGGAAAGAGAGGGGAAGUUUGGAGGAUGAGGAAAGAGAGGGGGAGUUUGGAGGAUGAGGAAAGAGAGGGGGAGUUUGGAGGAUGAGGAAAGAGAGGGGGUGUUUGCAGGAUGAGGAAAGAGAGGGGGUUUGGAGGAUGAGGAAAGAGAAGGGAAGUUUGGAGGAUGAGGAAAGAAAGGGGGAGUUUGGAGGAUGAGGAAAGAGAGGGGGAGUUUGGAGGAUGAGGAAAGAAAGGGGGAGUUUGGAGGAUGAGGAAAGAAAGGGGGAGUUUGGAGGAUGAGGUGAUGGAGAAGAGAACAAAGAGUGAAAUUGGAUCUGGAUCAGGAGUUCACCUGACAGCAUGGUCUUGUAAUGUAUAGUUGUUAUCUGAGGGCUUCACUCCUUAUCUGUUGUGCUUCUACCUAUCUGCUACUACUUGCAAAAUCACAAUUAUAAGAUGGAUUCUCAGAGGUCCAUUCUCUUCUAUCUGGUAAUUGUUACCUCUAUGAUUUGCUAGAGUUGCAUUUCUGUGCUAUCCACUGACCAUAAUCAGAGCGUGAUAAGGUCGACCUGUGGAAAACAGUCUCAAAAAGGACAUUCUGAGUAGUGCUCACUGCUCAAACAGACUUCACUGAGUUUUAUUAAGCGAAAGUGGUAACAGUGUGUAAAGUAGAUGCAAAGUUCUGUCAUGCUCAGUAAGACAAUAACUAAGUCAACUCUCGCUCGUCUUCUUUCUCUUCUUUUCUCAGAUGACCAGUUGGCAGUGAAGUCAUUCUCCUUUCCUCUGACCACAGACUCCUCUUCUUCAUCAUCUUCCUCCUCUCCUCAGAGCUACCAGCCACCCCUGGCUCCACGUUCCUACUUUUGGGGGCUUCACACCCCCUCUCUACCCAGCAAGGGCUCCCCCCUCCCCUGCUCCCCCUGCCAGCCCACCUCCUGCCCCAUCUCCCUCACAGACCCCCAGUCCUCCCUCUCCCCUGACUUCCCCCACCCCUCCCUCUUCUCCCAGACAGUCCUGCGCCUUCCUGACACCACCUCCACGACGCCCUCCAGUCAGACCCACCCUCCCCGCUCUCUCAUGGCCUCUCCCAAGCUGGGCGUGUCAGCCACCACUACCACCUCCUCAUCCUCUUCCUCAGCCUCCCUCUGCCCCCCACCCCACCCUGGCAGCCCCAGCCCUGUACCUGAAGGCCCUCCCAGCCCUGUGACGCCCUCCCCCAGCCCGGGUGCUGCCUCUGCAGCCCCGCCCUGCGCCCACCUGAGCAUUGCGGUGAUCCUGGAUGAACUGCGGGUGCUGCAGCAGAGGCAGAUUCACCAGAUGCAGAUGACGGAGGAGAUCUGUAGGCAGGUGCUGCGGCUGGGCGGGGCCUCCUGUGCCCUGGAGGCGCCCCAGAUCCUCCUGCCUCCUUUGCCCCAGCUCUGUCUGGAGGCCAGUGAGAGGGCCUCCAGUCCUCCCCAGCCUACACCCACCCAGCCUCCCAGCUCUGUAGCCCCUCUGCUGGCCUGCUUCUCCUCCCUGCUCCCUCCCCAGCCUGCCUCCAAGCCCUCCAAGCCCAGCCACCCCCUGUCCCAUGUCCUGCGGCCACACAAGUCCCAGAUGGAGGGCGCAGGAGGGGCUACAGAGUCUUAUCUUUACCCUGGGACCAGUGUCCGCCCUUCCUCCUCCUCUUCUUCCUCUUCUGCCUCCUCUGCCAUCUCUACCAUGGCCUCAUCCAACUACCCCCUGGCCCUCUCCCUGGCCUUGCCCACCCGUUACCUCCAUGAGAAAUCCCCCAACACCACGUCAGCCAGCAGCCAUGGUGGCCUGUCCUUCCUUACCCCGUCCCUGCCCACCACUGCCUCUAUGGCACCCCCCUCCUCUCAGGAGCCCCACCUGUCUGUCUCCUCAGCGGGGUCCUCGACCUCCUCCCUGGGGCGUCUGCAGCAUGCCUGUCGGUUCUGUGGGAAGCUGUUCAGCAGUGACUCGUCCCUGCAGAUCCACCUGCGCUCCCACACGGGCGAGAGGCCAUACCAGUGCCCUGUCUGCCUCAGCCGCUUCACCACCCGCGGCAACCUCAAGGUGCACUUCCUCCGCCACCGCGAGCAGAACCCAGAGCUCUCGCUCUCCCUCCUCCCCCCUUCCCUGUUUGGGCCGGGCAUGGGACCAGCGGGGGGGUCUGAGCCCCAGGGUCAGCCCAUGAGCAGCAUUGGUCUGAGCAUCAGCGCAGCGCAGGCUCAGAGACGUCGUAAACGGCGGGCUGAGGAUGACCCGUAUGGAGACGGUAUGGAGGUGGGAGGUGUCGGAGGGGGCUUCUCUCUGGGGGCGUCCACCAGUGCUCCCCCCUCCUCUCUCCCCCUUCCCCCCAGUGUGGACCUGGCCCUCAUCUCCACUGCCCACUCCCUCCUGCGGCUCAACCAAGUCGCCGCUGCAGCCGCUGCUGCAUCCAUAUCCUCUGCUGCUUCCUCACUCACAUCCUCCUCUUCCUCCUCUGCAUCCUCCUCCCUCCUCUCUGUUCCCUCCUCGUCCGCCUCCGCCAUCGCUGGGUUCUUCAAGGGGGUGAAGCAGCAGCGUUUUGAUGAGAACACGCCCCCUCACCCUCCCAUGAUGUCACACUCUGCUUACUCCCAGCUGGCCCACCUCCCUAAACUCCUCUUCCCCUCUGGCUCCCCCCACCAUCACCCUGCCCUGGGCCUGCUCCGCCCUCCACCCCCUGCCCCAGGCUCCUCCCACCUCUCCUCCACCCACUCUCAGCUCUCCUUCCCCUUCUCCCACUACCCCAAAGCCUACGCCUCCACCUCCUCCCCCUCCUCCUCUACCCCCACCUCAGACACCUCCAAGCUGCAGCGGCUGGUGGAGAAGCUAGAGAAGGAGCCUCCCACCUCCUCUCCCUGGGCCUCCUCCUCAGGGGAGACCUCCCACAGCAGCAUGGCCUCUGCUGGAUUGUUCAGCAGCGGCCUCAUGGGCGCCAGCACCUCCAGCACUUAUGUGAUGGCAUCCCCAUCGUCCUCCACCCACGCCCCCACCUCCGUCUCCAACUUCACCAGGGAGAUGGUGGCCGCUCUGGGCAUGAGCGCAAACGGGGGCAGCGCUCUGGCAGGCGCCAUGCUCCCCGGCCUUGGCAUCAUGAGCACUGGCUCCCUGGCCCCCAACCAGUGUGGGGUGUGUCUGCGUGUGCUGAGCUGCCCCAGGGCACUGCUUCUGCACCAGGCCACCCACCUGGGUGAGCGCCCCUUCCCCUGUAAACUGUGUGGACGCUCCUUCUCCACCAAGGGCAGCCUGCGGUCCCACCUGGCAACCCACCGUGCCCGCCCGCCCAACUCUCGCGCCCAGAACUCUUGCCCUCUUUGCCAGCGCAAGUUCACAAACGCCCUGGUGCUGCAGCACCACAUCCGCAUGCAUCUGGGAGGGCAGCUGCCACCGGAGGGCGGUCCAGAGUCUCUGUCAGAGGCCUCAGCAGAGCCUGAUGCUAUCUCUGAGAUCCAGGCCCAUUCCCAGCCACAGUCCAAUGACACCCCCAAGGUCUCCACUGAGAGCUCCACUGCAGCCUCAGGCAGCCAGUCAAAGAAUUCAGCAGCGUCCACACACUUUCAAACCCUAGUGGGAGGCUCCGCACCCGUAUCGGUCAGUGUGACAUCACCAAAGUGUGUCUGGGAGCCCAACAGAUCUCACUCCUCCAGCCCUGACCUGAUCCCUCCCUCUGACCUCAGCCCUGACUCCUUCCUAAACACCUCACACACCCCUCCACCCGGCAGCGCAGACCCCCCAGUCCUGUGUGUCAGUGUGCCUUCUCCACCCCCUCCUCUAGGAGAUACAGGCUCCCCAGUCAGUGAUGACAACCAUGCUGAACUCCUUGAUUCAACCAUUGGUACCAUUGGCCCUGCUCCCACUUCCUCCAGUGUUACCAAAACCACCCCCUUGUCCAGUCUAAUGAUGUCAGACUGUCUAUUGGGUCAGAAUGCCCUUCCUCUCGAUGUCUUCCUCCCUGGACCUAGAUCAAACCUGGAGAAUCUACUGAGCACCCCAACCCUCAGUGCCCCGUUAGCACACCCCAGCCCAGCCCCCUCCUUUACCCCUGUCCUUAACCCAGAGCAACCCAAAACCCACCUAGCACCCAAACCAGACCCAGAGCAUCCCCCUAAACUCCAAACCCCCAAGCCCACAGAGGAAGACAGGGUUGAAACCCCCAAACCUGCAGCACCAAAGCAUGACCAAGCUCUUGUGCCUGAUACGGACCCCAGAAUGGCACCACCAUCAGAGACCGCAGACACAAGCGAUGCUGAGGCUAGGGAUGAUCCUCAGAAAGCUAUACCCUACACCAGGGAGACGAGUCAGGGGGCGUACCUUGGCUCCCAUGGGAAGGAGGAUGGGAUGGGUGGUGUCUCUGACCAACUGGAAAGCACUGUUCCCAUCAGUUUGGCUCCCACUCUCCCCCCUCCCCUGUCUCGCCCUGAGAAGAAGACAUACAGCUGUGCCGAGUGUGGGAAAGAGUAUGCCAGCCGCAGUGGACUGAAGGUAAGAGGAUGUGGGUAUAGAUUGAUGUGCGGGUUGGUAGAGAACUUAGCCCUUUCUUAUGGACUACAUGUUUAUGGACUUCAUGAUAGCUACUUUGAAGUGAUUUAUUAAUCUGUGGAAUUGUUCAUUAGAUGUCCAAAACAUCGCAACCAAUGAACCAGACAUUACUACUAAAACUACUUUGGUCUGUUAGUUGAUAUUCAGGUUACAUUUAACUGAGAAACAUUCACUGAUGAUAAAGCUCCUUCCAGACUGAGGGGAAUCAGUCAAGCUAAAUGUUUGUGAUAUAAAUGUUCUUUCCAGCAAGGGGGACUCAGAGGUUGGUCAGAGUGUCACUUAAACAAUCUGUUAUUUUCAUAUUCAUCCACAGGGACAUAUGAAGCAUCAUGGAGGGGUUGUCAAGGCAACACGUCCCCCUGUACGGAGCGGUCGCUCGGCCUCUGAGCGACUUCCUGCUAACACACCGACAACGUCCUCCAACCCCCCGGCCACCAGGAGCAAUGUGGGCUUCUGGAACCAGUACCAAGCCUUCCUCAACACCAGCAACGACCCGGCAGACGACCUGGCACAAGGCCUGGCCAGUGGCAGCCAAGGAGAGGAUGGGGAGAUGCCCCGAUUGGCUAAAUCUCCUGUUAGAUCCCAGCUGUUGAAGGAGCCGACCACUGGGAGGGGUUCAGAGGAUGGGUCUGACGAAGGGUCUACUCUAGAGUCAAUGUAAUUGGUGCUCUCAAUGGACAUUCACUGUACCUUUGGGUCAAAUCGUAGGGAAUUUUGUAUUGUAUUGCUUCCAAAUUCAGUUGAGUAGUCUGUCAGUUUGUUGUCUGUGAGUAAAUUGCUUAGUUAAUUUGUGAUAACUGUAAGUUGGCCAUCCUGGCCUUUUCUUUUAAAAGAGGAGAAAGUUGAAGGAUGCAAAAAGACGACAUAACUCCAGGAUUGGGAGAUUGAGGUCAUAAGUCACUGUCAAGACGAUGAGAGUUGGAGCUG